UAAGGCAAACACUUGGGUAAAGAUGUUUCAGCUGCUGAUACUCCCAGUGCUCUUCUUGUUUCUCUCCAGGGCUCCAGCAGAAGAGGUGAAGCAAUUUCCCCUAUUCAUCAUGGCUCAAGAAGGGGACACAGUCAAUAUCACCUGCACUACCACUGGAAAAUCAUCUGGACUCUACUUGAAGCGAAGUAUUGUCAUGCUCAUAGAAGUAAUGCAUUUCUCCAAAAAUAACAAAUCCAUCAUAACAAAAAAUUACAAGAACCGUACCAUCAUCUCUGGGUCCCUGAAUGACUUAAUGAUCACAAUAACCAAUAUACAACUAAAUGACACUGAUGUCUAUACCUGCGAAGCCACAACGUCUGAAAACCUCCUGGGAACUGGCACCAUAGUGGUGGUAACAGAAAAAAAAUGGAAAAAAAAGGAUGGAAACCUGAAUUCACAGGUGGAGGUGGUUUUGAUUGUGACAUCUUUCUUCAUUGGGCUGGCCCUGUGGCCACUGUUCAUGAUGACGAAGAAGUGGGUACAGAAUUUAAGAAGGACUCAGAAUCCAUCAAGUACCGUGUAUGAAGACAUGUCCUAUGCCAUUCAACGCAACACUAUAUGCCGGGACAAUCAGUACAACUGACCAGCCUCACUGUGGAGAUCAAACAAGGAUACCCUACAGAAAGACAAGUUCCUCUCUCCCAUUCUGUAAUUUCUCUCUGCCUUGGAAUGAGGAAUUCAACCUUCUACCGGAAAACAGCCACCACAAAUCGUCCUAGGGUAAAGGAGAUUAAGUUGUUUAAUAGAUUUUAAAUUUCACAGGAUUAGAAAUGGAAGAGAUUAGGUUCAGCAUACACCCACCUACUCCCAUUCCAUUUUGUACCACAUACAGCAAUUACCAGAACUGAGAUUUAUACCCCACAUCAUAUAGGUGGAGGAGGGGGUGGAGGUGAGAGACUUUUGGAAGAAGGAAGGUAUACUAAUAAUGUUGCCCCCAAAAAAGUGCAAAAAAAGAAAUGAGGUCAUUGAAUUGUUUUUUAAAACAUACAAAAAGAACAGAAAAGAGUUCAGAAGAAAACAGAUAUUGAGAUUUGAGUAUGGGAAGGAGUCCACACUUAGGCUCCAAAUGUAGGAGAAAGGACCACUUGUCUUAACAUAACUGUUCUCCCCUCAAGGCAACAUUCUUUGUGGUAGCAUUGUGCUAAGCAAUCUACUUCCUCACUGCUCUGUGUCAUAUUGCUAUGAGUCUGGACCCUUUAUGAAUAAGCACUUUGUCAAAAAUAAUAAUAAGAAUAAUAAAAAGAUCUAUAAAGCUGG